AUGGACGACCGCAUAGACUUCGACGUCAAUGACGCCCUAAAACACUACCUCUCCGACCCCUCCACCGUCCCUACGCCCGAAGCCCCCUCCGCGCUCGCCGACUGCGAAAAUGACGCCGAAUCCCUCACGCCCGCCCUGGUCAACAGCGUUCUGAACCCGAUUGUCGACGCCGUCGCCGAGAACCCGGAUGCCAUAACCCAGAGCUCGACUUUCGACUCCUUACAAUUCAUGCUAAAAUGUUCUUCGUUACUCCCCACCUCCGCGCUCAGCAAGAUUCUCGACCUCGUCGUCUCGGGCCUCGCGGCGGAAGCAGAGACCGCGAACGCCGACCUCGAGGAUGAGCACGAGGGCGUCCAGCACCACAAGCAGCUCCUCGAGAUCUUUGCCUUUCUGCUACAAUGGGCCAUCACGGCCGUCGAGACAAAAGCCGCCGAGAAGCCCGCUUCGUCCACCGCAGGCCGAGGAAGAGGGGGGAAAGGCGCGAAGCCCAAGGCGGGUAAGGGCCAGGACAAAGAUGCCGCGUGGGAUUCUUCGGCACAGCUGCAGACGGCGCUGGAUGUCAUGAGCAGGGUGCUGAAGCUGAAACUGGCGCGUGUCUUCGUCACGACGAGCGAGAGGGAUACGUUUGUGAGCUUGUUCACGCGGCCGGUGUAUCUGGUGCUGGAGAGCGAGGCGAGGUGUAAGAGCACGGCGAUUAGGAUGCAUGUGUUCAAGGUGCUGUGUGUUGCUGUGAAGCAUCAUGGGCAUGCUUUUGGCGCCCAAACCUCCAUCAUACAGAAUCUCUCGUACUUUGAGCAUCUGUCCGAGCCAAUGGCAGAGUUCCUCCAGAUUCUGUCAGAGCAGUACGAUUACCCGCAACUAGCGGAAGAGAUUCUCCGGGAGCUAAGCAACAAGGAGUUCAACAGCAACGACGCAAAGGGACCGAAAUCCGUCUCAACCUUCAUCACUAAGAUCUCUGAGCUCGCACCUCGUCUAGUCAUCAAGCAGAUGACACUGCUCGCAAAGCUGCUAGAAAGCGAAUCCUACACUCUCCGCUGCGCCAUCAUCGAAGUCUGCGGCAACCUCAUCGCCAUGCUCAGCAAGCAAGAAGACUCAGAAGGCUCCGAGAAGCACAAAGGGCAGAUCAAUGCCUUUUUCGACGUUCUCGAAGAGCGCUUCCUAGACGUGAAUCCUUACUGCCGCUGCCGCGCGAUCCAAGUGUACAUCAAGCUGUGCGACCUGGAGAUGAAAUUCCCCAAGCGACGGCAGGCGGCUGCUGAACUUGCAGCCAGAAGUCUAGAGGACAAGAGCAGCAAUGUCCGCCGCAACGCCAUUAAGCUCCUGGGCAAGCUGAUCUCGACUCACCCCUUCGCGGCGCUACAUGGUGGACAGCUCGCUUACAAGGACUGGGACGCACGCCUGCAGGCCGUAAACGCCGAAACAGCGGCGCUCAAACCGCCUGCUGAGCUCGAGGAGCGAGAAAACCGCAAUGACGCCACAGUGGACGAGAGCCUACUCCAAGACGCAACCCAAGCCGAAGCCCCACCAAUUCCAGCACCCUUGACAGACGAGCAGCGCGCCGCUGCAAUGGAGAAAGCCCAGGCCGAAGCCGCAACCGCGGAAGCCCUGCACAAGCUCCAGUUAACACGCCGCUACUAUACCGAAGCCCUACGCUUCAUCACCGUCCUCGAUGCCGCCGCGCCCACGGUGACCCAACUCCUCUCCUCGAAAAACAAGUCCGAGGUCAUCGAAGCCAUAGACUUCUUCGUCGUCGCCGACGCCUACAAGCUCGGUAGCGCGCGAGCGGGUAUCCGACGUAUGCUCCGUCUCAUCUGGACGAAGGGGAACUCCGAUGAAGGGAAGGGCGUCCAGAGCCACCUCAUCGAGUGUUACAAGGGCCUCUUCUUCAACGCGCCGGAUAACUUUAGCCCGAACGACGCCGCGAACUAUGUUGCGCGCAAUAUGAUUAGUCUGACGUUUGGCGCUACGCCCGCGGAGCUGACGUCCCUGGAGCAGCUCCUUAGUACCAUGAUGAAGGGCGAGCUGAUCGGUGAGUUGGUUGUGCAGAAGCUGUGGGCCGUGUACGGCGUCCAGCGGCGCGAGAUCUCGGCGUCGCAGCGGCGGGGCGCGAUUAUCGUGCUCGGAAUGCUGGCGCUCGCGGACCCGGACAUCGUAGUAAGAGAGAUGGAGGCGUGUCUGCGUAUCGGGCUGGGUGAGCUCGGGAGGCAGGACCUGGGUCUCGCGCGGUAUACGUGUGUUGCGCUCCGCCGGAUCAACAGCAGUGGCCAGGGAAAGAAGGAGGGAGCGGCGGAGAAAGUGGCACCAAGACUGCCGAAUGACCACGCUGUGCUGGUCAAGCUCGCGGCGAUGUGCGAGAUCGUGUCGGAUAGCAAGGAGUGGUUUGGUGUCGCGGAGCAAGCUGUCGGGGCGAUCUAUGCGCUGGCCAGGCAUCCGGAUACGCUGUGUUCGGACAUUUUGCGAAGGAAGACACGACAUGUCUUCCAGACACCGCAUCCACAGUCCCCACGAGAGGAGACACCGGCACCAGAAGAGGUCAGCCAGCUUGCUUCUCCGCCGCCGGAGACGCCGCCAGCUCCAGUAGAAGCCCGGAAGAAGGAGAGCACCCAGAACUCCGCCAUCGCCCUCUCCCACCUUCUCUUCCUCGUCGGCCACAUCGCCAUCAAACAGAUUGUGCACCUCGAGCUCUGUGAACAAGAUUUCAAGCGGCGUAAAGCCGUCAAAGAAGCCCUCACUUCCUCCUCCAAGGCCAAAACGCCACGAAAGUCUCUUGCACCGCCUACCGCCUCGCCCAUCAAGAAGAAGACCAGCAGCAAAAACGCCGCCCCCCAAGCCCCCGACGACAAAGACGAACUCGACCUCAUAGCCGGCACAACCGAAGACGACUUCACCGACGCCAUCGCCCACAUCCGCGAGCGCGAGCUCCUGUACUCGCCCCUCGCGCUCCUCUCCUCUUUCGGCCCGCUCUGCGCCGAGAUCUGCGCAAACAACACCUCCUACCCCCAUCCUUUACUCCAGAGCCAGGCCGCGCUAUGCAUGGCGAAACUCAUGUGCGUCAGCGCCGAGUUCUGCGAAGCGCAGUUACCCCUUCUCCUCACGAUCCUGGAACGCAGCAAAGAUGCCGUGGUGAGAUCUAACUUGGUCAUCGCGCUAGGCGACAUGGCCGUCGCGUUUAACCACCUGCUGGACGAGAACACGGAGUUCCUAUACCGGCGGCUCAGGGACGGGGAUCUGAGCGUCAAGCGCACGUGUCUGAUGACGCUGACGUUCCUGAUCCUAGCCGGGCAGGUGAAAGUGAAGGGUCAGCUGGGCGAGAUGGCCAAGUGCGUUGAGGAUAGCGACAAGAGGGUUGCGGAGAUGGCGAGGAUGUUCUUCGCGGAGCUGGCGACGAAGGAUAAUGCGGUUUACAACCAUUUCGUCGAUAUGUUUGGUCUGCUGAGUGCGGAUGAGGGGUUGGAGGAGGAGGGCUUCAGGAGGAUUGUUAAGUUUUUGGCGGGGUUUGUUGAAAAGGACAAACACGCUAAACAACUCGCGGCGAAGUUGGCGGCGAGACUGCCCAGGGUGGAGAGUGAGAGGCAGUGGAAUGACGUUGCGUUUGCGUUGGGGUUGCUACCGCAUAAGGAUGAGGAGAUUCAGAAGCUGGUGGCGGAGGGCUACAAGAUGGUUCAGGCAACAGCGUAG